AUGGUUGAAAAGAAGUACAUUCGAGCAUUGUUGUUGUACUUUUUGGCAUGGUCUGCUACAGCUGCCCAUCAGCCUCAAACCACCAGCAAGAAACAGUCAAAAUCGGGGAAAGGAUUUGGGUCCUCUGUGUUUUUUCCUGUCACUGGCGAUGUUUAUCCAAAAGGGUAUUAUUAUGUAACGAUCAAUGUUGGCCAACCUCCGAAGUCUUACUUUCUAGACAUAGAUACUGGCAGUGACCUCACUUGGCUCCAGUGUGAUGCACCUUGCACUAAAUGCACACCGUCCCCACACGGUCUUUAUAAACCCAACAAAAACCUCAUCACGUGUGAGCAUCCCCUAUGUGUCUCACUUCACGGGCCUGGGAACCAUAAUUGUGAAACCCCCGAGCAAUGUGACUAUGAGGUGACUUAUGCUGAUCUAGGUUCAUCUCUGGGUGUGCUGGUCUUGGACUCGUUUCCUUUUAGGUUCUCCAAUGGUAGUGUAUUAGCUCCUCGUCUAGCAUUCGGAUGUGGAUACAAUCAAGAAGUUCCGAAUUCUAUUCAUCCACCUUACACAGAUGGAGUCCUUGGUCUUGGCAGUGGCAAAACAAGCAUUGUUACACAAUUGAGCGAGAUGGGCCUGACAAGAAAUGUUGUGGGUCACUGUUUAAGUGGGCAAGGUGGGGGGUUUCUUUUCUUUGGAGAUGAUUUUCUACCGCCUUCGGGGAUCAUUUGGGCACCAAUUUUGAGCCAAAUGAAACACUACUCUCUGGGGCUGGCCGACCUCCAGUUUGGUGGCCAAGCUACUAACAUUAAGGGCCUUCCAAUAGUUCUUGACAGCGGCAGUACCUACAGUUACUUCAGUUUUCAAGCUUACAGUGCCCUAGUUUCUAUGAUAAAUAAAGACAUAAAUGGGAAGUUAACUACUGCGGUGGAGGACAAAAGCCUCCCAGUCUGCUGGAAAAGUGCAAAGCCCUUCAAAUCCAUCCGUGAUGCCGCUAAUUACUUCAAGCCAUUGGUGUUGAGCUUCAGAAAUGGCAAAAAUGUCCAAUUUCAACUGCAGCCGCAAGCUUAUCUCAUUGUCACGGAACAUGGCAAUGUGUGCUUAGGUAUCUUGAACGGAAGUGAGGUCGGGCUAGGAAAUCUCAACAUUAUUGGAGACGUUUCUCUGCAAGAUAAAUUGGUGGUUUAUGACAACGAGAAACAUCUGAUAGGAUGGGCUCCAGCAAACUGCAACAGGCUUCCUAACAUGGAUCAUGAUUAUGUCGACGGGUAUUAUCGACCUUAUGCUGCUGACUUCUUUCGAGAAACUUGCUCUGCUAGUUUUGAUUCUGGGAGGAAGAGGAAGCAAGGCAGCAAGUAA